UAUAUAUCAAUUCAUAUCGCCACUUUGCGCCAGUGCCUUCUUCACUUUUAGGUUUUGGCCAUCUUAGGUUUCCCCUUUUACAAGUUGACACAACUUACUUCUCUUCAAAACAAACCUGCGCACCAUCAAGAUCUGCCUUCUCCCCCAUCUUGUCUCUGGUCUCUCACACCUCCGGUCGACGGAGGAGGGAUUGCAGCGCCGGUAUACUCGGUCAGGCGAGACGCACACACCCCCAACACUCUUCUCCUUCCUAUGACACCCCCACCGCCUUCGUUUUCCUCUCUCUCGCACACUGUUUUCGGCCGGAGAGUGGCAGAGCGGACGGUGCUCCGGCAAUGGCGUAGCGGCGAUGGUGAAUUUGACGGUGGUUCAGUGACGGAGACCCUCCAAAUCGACCCUUCUGAACCUACUUCUGGUAGUCGCUGAAGGUAACAUGGCUCAAGUCAACAAACUCAGGUCGCCAAUUGGCUUCUUUCCGAUUUAACCACCAUCCUCAUCGGAUGAACCGACGGUAGCCACCCUCGACAACUUAGGUAAUAUAAUAUAAUCUAAUAGUCCAUUUGAUUAUGUUGAGACGGAGGCUCGAACAGAAACUGUAUGAUGUACUUCAUGUGUCUCCUGAAGCUUCCAAUGAAGAAAUCCGUAAAGCUUAUCAUCAGUGGGCGCAAAUUUAUCAUCCUGAUAAGUAUCAGGAUCAACAGAUGAAGGAUGUAGGUACAGAGAACUUUCAGAGGAUAUAUGAAGCAUAUGAGAUAUUAACCGAUGAAUAUAAACGACAGAUAUAUGACAUGUAUGGUAUGGAAGGGUUAACCUCUGGUUUAGAACUUGGUCCAAAGUUGAACAAAGCGGAAGAACUUGAAAGAUUAAAACGCAAAAGAGAAGAAAAAAAAAGCGGCCCAUUUUCAACCUUCUGGUGUAAUUCUUGCACAACCAUCAGUUCCAAGCUUUCUAUCCGGGCAUGGUAUAAUGAGAGCCUUCACUCCGGUGGUCACUGACGAACGACGGCGGUGGUAAAUCCGCUCGAAUCAACCACGGCAGCCAUGAUUAGGGACGUAAUGUAUUAUGCAGCAUAAUAAAGCAUACUUCAUCAGCCGCAACGCGGCGGGAUCAUCCUAGUUAACUUAUCAAACAUAAUAUGAAUUUUGAAAUAUGUGAACAUAAA